UUAACCGAGGUCAGCUCAGCUAGCCAGGGCCUAAACUCCAGUUAGCACCUGUGGUUCAAGUCAAGCAACCUCCAUUAACUCUUCAAGCCAACGCGCCUCCAGUUGUCCAGAGAUCAUGGCUAGCUACCACAAACCCGACGAGAAGACUUUGCAGGCUCUGAAAGAYAUCGCUAACAAGCUGAGGAUCAACUCCAUCAAGGCGACAUGCGCCUCUAAUUCCGGCCACCCCACAUCAUGCUGCAGUGCAGCAGAGCUCAUGUCUGUGCUCUUCUUCCAAACCAUGCGCUACAAGGCAGAUGAUCCUCGUAACCAGUGCAAUGACCGCUUCGUGCUCUCAAAGGGUCAUGCAGCACCAGUCCUGUAUGCUGCCUGGGCAGAGGCAGGUUUUGUGAAGGAAUCUGAUCUUCUGAAUUUGCGCAAGAUUGACUGUGAACUGGAGGGGCACCCUACACCAAAACUGGAGUUUGUUGAUGUGGCUACAGGAUCUCUUGGACAGGGUCUCGGAGCGGCCUGUGGGAUGGCCUAUACUGGAAAAUACUUUGACAAAUCCAGUUAUCGUGUGUACUGCAUGAUGGGUGAUGGAGAGUGUUCAGAGGGGUCGGUCUGGGAGGCCAUGGCGUUUGCCUCCUACUACAAGCUGGACAACCUUGUGGCGAUCCUGGAUGUCAACCGGCUGGGUCAGAGUCAGGCUGCACCCCUGCAGCACGACAUGGAGACCUACCGCAAGCGCUGCGAAGCCUUUGGAUGGAACACGUAUGUUGUGGAUGGACAUGAYGUGGAGGAGCUGUGUAAAGCUUUCUGGCAGGCUCAGCAGGUCAAGGAUAAACCCACCUGUAUUGUUGCAAAGACAUUUAAGGGAAAAGCCCUCAAAAACAUUGAAGAUCAAGAUAACUGGCAUGGAAAGCCCAUUCCAAAGGAUAAACUGGACAGUAUCCUGAAGGACUUGCAGUCUCAGAUUCAGGUCCCCAAUAAGACUCUGUGCCCUCAGCUGCCCAACGACGACACAGCACCAGCUGAUCUCAGCCUCAUCUCGCUGCCUUCACCGCCAGCUUACAAGAUUGGAGAUAAGAUGGCAACACGGCGAGCAUAUGGUAUUGCACUGGCCAAAUUGGGCGAAGCAAGCAAGAGAGUGGUAGCUCUUGAUGGAGACACUAAAAACUCUACUUUUGCUGAACUCUUCAAGAAAGCCCACCCUGAACGCUUCAUUGAAUGUUUCAUCGCUGAACAGAAUAUGGUAGGAGUGGCCAUUGGCUGUGCCACACGUGACCGUACGGUUGCGUUUGCCAGCACAUUUGCCGCAUUCCUCUCCAGAGCCUAUGAUCAGAUCCGUAUGGGAGCCAUCUCCCAGACAAACGUCAACCUAGUUGGAUCUCACUGUGGCGUCUCCAUCGGUGAGGAUGGUCCAUCCCAGAUGGCACUCGAGGACUUGGCCAUGUUCCGAGCCAUCCCAACAUGUACAGUAUUUUAUCCUAGUGAUGCCGUGUCGACAGAGAGGGCUGUUGAACUGUCUGCGAACACAAAGGGAAUCUGUUUCAUUCGUACCAGUCGACCAGACACCGCGGUACUUUACCCUCCUGAGGAGAAGUUUGAAUUGGGUGUUGCUAAGGUGGUGCGUGAGUCUGACAGUGAUGUGGCGACUGUGAUUGGAGCUGGUGUAACUCUUCAUGAAGCCUUGGCUGCUUAUGAUAUUCUUAAAAGCGAAGGAAAGAACAUUUGUGUAAUUGAUCCAUUCACCAUCAAGCCUCUGGAUGCUGCCACCAUUUUGAGCCAUGCCAGAGCCACAGGAGGACAGAUCAUCACRGUAGAGGAUCACUACAAAGAGGGUGGUCUUGGUGAAGCAGUGCUGUCUGCAGUGGGAAGUGAGCCUGGAAUCGUUGUGACCCGCCUGGCAGUUUCUGGUGUUCCCCGCAGUGGCAAGCCCCAGGAGCUCCUGGACAUCUUUGGCAUCAGUGCCAAGCACAUCGUCACCGCUGUUCGCCAGACCUUUGCAAACUGAAGAGUGACGUUUUAUUUUUGUGCUUGGUUUACAACCAAAUGGUCCCCAUCUCAAGACCUGUUAGCCCCUCUGCUGCCAUCUUGUGGCUUUGAAUCUGCAGCUCACUAACCCUGCAUUGCUGCUUAUGUUGGAGUGCAGUGUGCCCGACUCAUGUACCUUCUGGUCAACAUUUCUCCAAUUGAAGUCCAGCUAGAUGCACAGAUUAAACAGUCACUGAAUAUAUUUCAAAAGGUUUUGGCAACAUUUCGAUCUGUUACCUGUCAGGUCAUAACUUCAGAGAUUCAAAGCAUCAUUCCGCUCAGAUUGACAACCAUUCCUCUUUUCCUAUAUCAGUCUCCAAAAAGCUCUUACUGUCCUGGAUCACAUCUGCAGUUUUUUAGUGACAGCCUUUUAAUGUCGAAGCUUUAGACAGAUGUUUUUUUAGUUUUCCACAGAAAUGACGGAAAACAAAACUUUCUGCAGUGGAGGUAUCAGUUUUACUGUCGAUGAUAACCAUGUCCUGUUACUGCUGUGAUCUGCUGAAUAAAAAAGAAAUGCUCUCUACC